AUAUGUACGUAAUCGCGCGUGUCCGCAAAACUUAUUAAAAAUGACUUCGUGUACCGAUCCGCUGGGAUUGAACGAUAAGAAAUUAUUUAAGGAGUUAAAAAGUAGCUUGUCGAACGUUGCCAAAGAUACGAGGAAUAUUCUUGAAAUCAGAGACGAUAUUCUCUACGUAUGGAAUACAGAAAAGUGUUGUAUUCUUUCGCUGAAUGUCACGGUGAUUCGCGGUAAAAACGAGGAUGUUCCCUACCAGAGUCUACAACCAACCGACCCGCCCAUCUUCGAGGUUACCAAUUUAUUAAUCAAUGAAACGAUUACCCAAUUGGCACUUUGGGGCAAUUUGGGGAUCGCCGUUGUCCAGUUACCAAAACGAUGGGGAAAAGAGGCCAAGUUUCAGGGAGGAAAGGACGUCGUUUCGUGCUUGAGCCAUAAUUUGAACGUGUGCUGCUCUCAAUUAUCAACAACGGAAGUCAGAAAGGUUCGAUGGCAUCCAGGUUCGGCUACGGAUUCUCAUCUGGUUGUCCUUACAUCCGAUAAUGUAUUUCAAUUGUACGAGUGUGAAAUUCACAAUGUUCCCAAACUGACAAGAACUUGGAAGAUAGGACCAACUUUACAUUCGCCCUCGAAAAUUCCCAACUUUACCUCGCUGGGUGAUACGGCGGUUGACUUUGACUUUGCCACACCGACCGUCAAACAGGAUAACGACAAAAAUGUCGAUAUAAAUAAAGCUUCGUGGAGGCAGAUUGAGUGGCCGAUUUUAGUUCUUCGCGGCAGCGGUGAUGUUCUGAUUGUUCGUGGUAAUGUCUUAAUAAACCAGAACAAGCCUGUUACAUUCGGAACUCUCUCCAUGUAUCCUCCAACCGUUGACAAUUAUGGAAUUGACUCUUGUUCCAUUAUGUGUUUACAAACGACACCGCCCCUCGUAAUAAUCGCCGAAUGCACCGGAAAAAUUUACCAUGCAAUUUUACUGAACGAAAAUCUGGAAGAUGAUGAAAAAAAAACAUGGUCCCAGUUUGGAUCAACAUACAGUCUUCACACACCCGAAGAAGCUUUAUACGUUUACGAAUGUGUCGAAAUGGAAUUGGGACUUUUUUACGAUGAAAAUGAUAAAAAGUACAGUUGCCCUAUUUAUUUACACGGUGAUCGAGAGAAUCGAUUGAGGUACUUUUGUUCCCAUAAUGCCGGCAUACACGUUGUUAACGUCCCCAUGGUUGGUCAGCUCAACGAUUAUAUCAAUGUCAACGACUCAAACGUCGACCUCUACCUCCCAAAUCUCAUAAAGAAUUCGAGCGCACAGUAUCUUUUGAGUACGCGCACAAAGUAUACGGGGAAAGAGGAAGCGACGCCGAUUCUUGGAUUCGGAUUACUUCAGGAGCCGUGUAUCCUAAUCGCCGUACUUCAUACUGGAGUGGUUAUCGAUAUCUCCGUCGUUGAUCUUUAUUAUAUCCCGAAAAUUGAACUAACCGCGCCUGUGCCCAGUUCCAGUAAAAAAGUGACUAAAGAAGCCUUCGAUACUUAUAUUAAGCAACUGCUUAAAAGAGAAACGUCACAGCCAAUCACAAAAAUUGGAUUGCGAAAAAAUCUGACACCGCGCGAAUAUCUCGAGUUAUUGUACCGCGCAACGACGGUGUUUCGCAAACAGCAUUUCGUUCGUCAUGAUAAAGUUCAGGCGGAAAUAGGGAAGAAGGUACGGACGUUAAAAGCUUUGAAAACCCAUCAACUAAAGGAACUCGAAAAUCUAAGUGAAAUGAAAAAACAUUUGCAUGAGAAAGUUGGAAGCCUAGCUGAACGAUACGAAGAUAUAAAGGACAAACAGGAAGAGCUUGCACGAAGGGCUGAAGAGGUUCUUACAUUGGUGCACUUGAAAGAGCCAAAUAUGAAUCCAGUGGAGAGAGCCGAAUGCAAAGAAAUUAAGAAAAUUGCAGACAAAGUGAAGGAAUUAGAUGUACGUCUAGAGCAGCUAAAGAAGAAAAAAGCUUCCAACCAAGUUUUAAUAAGUAAUGCCGAAAAACAUAUCGAAAAGCAGGAGAUUAUUUUCAAGCAAUCACAAAUAACUUCUAUAACGACAAACCUUACGAAUAUGGGAAAAAGCAUCGAAGAAUUGAUCAAUCGUGCCAAAACAUUACGGGAAAAGGUGGACUUAUAAUGUAUCUGAUCCGAACAUCAAUGUAAAUUGUUUAUA